GUUUCAAGAAAGGAGUGUAUAUAUUUGGCCUGGAGAAGCGGUCCUAUGUGCUGACUGAAUGGAAGCUGAUAAUUAUUAAUUUUUUACUCUGGUCUUGGGAAGAAAUUACGAGUCCUCACUAUCCGAGACCGAGUACAAAUGUAUCAGACACUGAGGGAGACCAGACUCAGUACUACAACAGGCUAUAGCCAAUCAGGUCAAUGCUCAUGCCUGUGUAUCUGUAGGUAGUCUCUUAUGACAGACAACACCAGCACGUAUGAGAAAUUUGGUGCUGAGAUUAAUCUGCUGGUGAUCAGAGCAUGUGUUGAACUUUUGUGUGCAUUGCCUGCUGGUGUUAUGUGUUAUGGCAGAGAGGCUGCAGGGGGCUGAGAGCAGAUGGUACUGACAGACUGUAACUCACUGUAUGAGGGAGAGAAGGCACCACACACACAGGGUAGAGCGAGGCUAUAAACACACAGGGUACAGCGAGGCUAUAAACACACAGGGUAGAGCGAGGCUAUAAACACACAGUGUAGAGCGAGGCUAUAAACACACAGGGUAGAGCGAGGCUAUAAACACACAGGAUGGAAAGUGAGGCUUUGCAAUGACCACUAUACAUACACAGCAGAGAUGCUAUGACACAAAUGCAGUGCAGGGAUAUACACACCUACUGAUGGGGUGCUGGGGUUGCCAGACCGAUGGAGGAUGACCUCCACUGUAGGUCCAGUUUCAAAAAUUGGUCCUCCCCAGCCACUGUACCCGUUGGGCGCUAUUGUCAUGUUUCUGUUUGCCCUUUGACCCUGACAGGUGUCCUCCCGUGACAUCAUUGUGUUCCGAGCAGGGGAGAUGUGUGGCCACCGGCAACCUCUAGUCACCUUGGUGAUGACAAACACUCCUACUGCCAUGACAUCAUCCCAGUGAUGAAGUAGGGGAGAUGGAGGGGGCCGGAGGGAGGAUAUUUGCCGGUAUAAACCCACCGCAUCAUCCCAGCUGAUACACUAACAUUAAACCACUGCCAAGCGAACACAAACGCAAGAGGCAAACUCAUCCUUUCAAUAACAUCACUGAGAGAGAAGGAAGAGGAGAAAAGGAGGGGCAAAGCGUGAGAUAGUGAUGCUUUCAGCAGGUGCCAAACUGAGAGGUAGCUGAUAGAGGAGAGGGAAAGACUGCUUGAGAGAAAGAGAGAUGCAGCCAGCCUGUGAGAGCACACAGUGACCCACAGCAUCGGAGACAAGAGAAGAAGACAAAGUAAUCCUGUUGUCAUUGCAGUGUCAGUGUAGUCGUGUCCAGCCAGUCUCCUGCAUUACUGUUCCCGCCCUCCCUCUACUCACUGCUGCCAUGCUGUACCCAGCUCUGCUCUGUGCUGCUCUGCUCCUGAUAGCACCCCUGGGGCACACAGAGGGGCGCACCCUGCACCCCUCACCUGAUGCCAUCCAGUUUGUUGAGCAGUUUCUGGAUCGCUACAACGACCUGACCCUGGAUGACCUGGAGAACCUGGUGAGCAGCCAACCAGAGGAGCCCUCCUCKGCUUUYACUUCCRSGGUCAAAGUCGCUGAGUACCCCAAAUGGGCUGACAUACCAGCACAGGGCGACAGCACCUGGCUCCGCCUCCUGAAGGGGACCCUGGCCAAUCAGAAAAGAGCUGUGACGGACCGGUCGAGGAGGGGGUGGAACCGAGGAUGCUUCGGACUCAAACUGGACAGGAUCGGGUCAAUGAGUGGACUGGGCUGCUAGUGGAGAGAGAGGAAGAGACUGACGUCCCUCAGGGGAUAUGAGGACGAACACACAGUAGGCUGCUACACAGCACACAGUCAUUUACACACAGGUGAAUACAAGGAUGUUAAUGUGAGUACAAAGGAGGUCUACAUGUAGCGUAGCUGUAGUGUACUUGCUGUAGUGCUAAUGUGGUUCCAUCRAGCUUAGUGAAAGUUACUCUGUAUGUCUCCUGGCUGUUGGAAGGGGUUAGCUGUACUUAUAUUGUACAUCUAUUCAUUUGAAUCUUGAAAGUAUCAGAGUUAUGUUUACAUCAAGCUGUUAUUCUAUUUUAAGUCUCUGAGUGUUGUUUUGACAGUAAACCUGCACUUUAUUUAAAACUAAGUAUUUAAAAGUGUUGUCUUUCUUGACUAAUAUUGUCCUUGUUAAUCCUGCAGGAAUAGUUGUGUUAUGGCAUGUUUAAUGGAAAUAAAUAUUUGAAAAAAAGUUAAUAAUAUAAUUCAAGUCAAAUGUUUCUUCUCUCUGCUAUUGAUUUUACAUACAUUUUGCAUGAAUAWAUGUACACUGAAACAUGUUG